CUCGAAAGUCUUGGUUUUAUGUGUUAUUUCUUACUUGAUAUUGUGCUAUCUAUUUGGAGGUGCUGAUUGGUCUUCUGGUUGGGUUUACUUCGUGUCCAGAACUAUCUAUCCACAUCGACCUUUCUUGUCCUGAAUCUCAUUCCUACAAGAUUAUACAUGUUACCUAUACCAAAAAAAGUUUUUAUGUGAGAUGCAUUGGUUAUAUGGCUAACGAACUUCAAUUAGAGCUUUCCUACUGCGGUGGUCUUAUUUCUCCCUCUCUCUCUCUCUCUAUAUAUAUAUAUAUAUAUUAUUUUUUUUUCUUUUUACUUUGUGAAUUUAAUAUAUGAUCCUCCUAUAUUGCGGGUGAGUUUGGAUCAUACAUCUAAUCAUCCUCCAGCAAGAUGCCUGAAUAGACCGUUUAGUAGGAUGCUGGAAAUUUUCACUUCCAGUGGUCAGGACAGUUUUUAUUUGAGAGUUUUACCUCCAUGCAACUGCAAAACUGAGGCAUGAACUGAGUUGUGCAAAGUGAUUGUUCCACCCAUUGCUCACGCGUUGACAUACAGUACACGAUGUUGUAUCGAAUCUGAGAAUGAUAGUUCUGAUAUAACUUAUUACCUGGUAAGCUUCGUCUAGGUUCUAUGAUGUCUGUGGCUCUAGAUAUUUUGAUAACUAGCAACCAGUAAAGCUGAUGUGGUGGCGAAGCAGUUGAUUCAUGAUGGCAAAUCUUGAUGUACUUGGCAGUUCAUUUUCUUCGGAGUAUUGAUGAUUCUAGAGUUCAGAAGUCCUCACCAGCACUUAUCCCAUAGUUUCAACUGUCGAAGGACUUGAAUAACUGAAAUUUGGUCUGCUUUGGGACACCGUGAUCAUUCUUCACAUUGUGACUGCAUUGGGCCGAAGAUCUGUUCAGAUCAUUCGACUCAAUAACAGAAGAUGUAGCUUUUUAUGGGUGUUAGGAUAUGUUUACAAAGAAGUGUUUUUAAGUAUGAACCACCAUACUCAAUUAUUCUUUGGCGCAGGAUAACAUUGCAAUGUCCAUACUAUCAUGGCUGAUGGAUGGAGUCUCAUUUCAUUUCCUAGCUGUGACAAGUGUUCUCUUCUUGUCUCCAAGAAGAGCUCUCUGAUCCAUCAUGGCAUCACAAUCAUAUGUUUUCCUCCGUCAUUAUUGCUUUCCAAUCCAGAAUUUUCCCCAGCCUUCAUUUUACAGACUAGUCACAACUCACAAUGCCGACCUCGAUGCUGAGGCAGCAGAUAAAAUGGAGAAGGCACUUUCUUUACAUUGUUCCCUCAUGUGACAUGCACCUUUACUUGAAAUCUGUUAGUCCACCACCAAAGGUUUUGCUUUUGUGUACAUGGAUGAUGAAAGAGAUGCAGAGGAUGCUAUUCGCGGACUUGACCGUAUAGAAUUUGGCAGAAAGGGACGCAGACUUCGCAUCGAAUGGUCAAAGGAAGAGCGUAAUGGUAGGAGGCCAGAGACUUCAAGGAAAUCUUCAUCUAGUGUCAAACCUUCAAAGACUUUGUUUGUCAUAAAUUUUGAUCCAUAUAGUACUAGGAGCAGGGAUAUAGAGAGGCACUUUGAUCCAUAUGGAAAAAUACUCAAUAUAAGGAUUAGAAGGAAUUUUGCAUUUGUUCAAUAUGAAACUCAGGAGGAUGCUACUAGAGCCUUGGAUGCUACAAACAUGAGUAAAUUGAUGGAUCAAGUCAUUACAGUUGAAUAUGCAAAUAAAGAUGAUGAUGACAGGAGAAAUGGGUUUAGCCCUGAUAGAAACCGCGAUAGGGGUCUUAAGAGAGGUUAUGACCGAGGCCGAUCUCGGAGUCCUUAUGGAAGAGAGAGGGGGAGUCCUGAUUAUGGUCGUGGACGGGCCCGUAGCCCAAGUCCAAUCCGUCAAGGUAGGUCAAGCCCUGAUUAUGGUCGUCGCUCUAGUCCAAAUCCCAAUCAUAGGGAAAGGGAUUCUGAGUAUGGCAGUGGCCGUAGUCCAAACAUGAGAAAGGAGAGGAACCCUGAUCAUGGAAAUGGCCAUAGCCCAAACCCUCGAAGGCUGAGAGCCGGUUCUGAAAAUGGUGAGGUGCACAGUCCACCAGAGGAAGGACUUCUGGAAUCUGGCCCUAGUCCCCCUAGGGUGGGGAGGAGAGGGAAAUAUAGCCCCGAUGAUUAUCGUGGCCGUAGCCGUAGCCCAAGGUCUAAACCUGAAGAAGUAGGUAGUCCUAGAUAUGCUGCCGCAGAAAGUCCUCUUCCAGAACGACACAGGAGCCUUUCACCUCCAACUCGAGAAAGAUCCCGCUCCUAAUUUGCUCGGUAUCAGCCUCUGACCUUAGUCAUAUUUGGCGGGGACGGUCACAUUGCUAGUGGGUGCUGUAGAAGUAUGCUUUGAAGUUGCUGGAGCCUCAAAAUUCCAGCGUCUGUUUUUGCUAUCAUAUGUUAAAAAUUCCAGUCACUAUAGUAUGGGCUUUUUGACAAUUUGUUCUUAAUAGACUUGCUACUGUAUUAGGUGAUUCUGUUUUAAAGUUGAAAACUCCUUGGUAAGACUUUGGUUUAGUUGGGCUGAACUAUCUUGAAUAUCAUAUUCUCAGAAUAUGUACUGAAAAUGAUGGGUUAUUUGCAGUUUUGCCCUUA